AGGCUUCGAACUUAGUGAUGUUUGGCUCCAAAACUUCAUUUUCUUCCGUUGUCUUUAAUAAAUUCUGAGCCACCCAAUAUCCAGAAUGGUUAAGAAUUUAUGGUUUAUCGAAGUGUUUAACGUUUACCCAAUGGUUAAGAAUUUAUGGUUUAAGAAUUAGGAUUUGGAGUUUAGAAUCUAGUAUUUUGCUGACGAUGUUUAAAAUAUUUUUUUUAAUCUUCUUUUUAUAACUUCUACUAGUUUUUAUUUAUUUGUUUUUUAUCUUUUUUAUUUUAAAAACAUAAUAUAAUUUAAGAAUAAUUUAUUUCUUUUUUGAAAGAUAUCGAAUAUCAAAUAACACAAUUCUAUUGGUUGUUGAAUUUAGAGGUUCACUCUAGCGGGUGAACCCAAGAAUAAGAAUAAGUCAAAUAAUAUUAAUAAAGUUGAGAAAUGGACAUGUGGAACUAACUGAUGUUGAAGUUUAGUGUAAGAACUCAGACCCUUGAGGUACUUAAUUGUCAACACGCAUUACCGUUGAAAGAGAUCAUUCUUCGAAGUCCCUUAUUGUAUCUUUUGUGCUCUUAGUGUCUCCAUCUUUGUGACUACAUUUCCUGGGAGGACAAUGGUCUUUUUUUUUUAAUUCAAUUUUCAGAAAAUUCAUAAAUAGAGGUCCAAUGAUAAAGCUCCCUCUCUUUAAGCAACGGCAAAGACUUGUUCCUUGUAGAGGCCAUCGUCAAUUUAACUGUCACUCUCUACCAUUGACCCGUUAAGGGUGGGAAUAAAGAAAAUUAUGUUUGUGGCUGCAAAGCGUUUCAGCGAGUUACCCCCCACCCAUACGGCGUGGACAAUACAGUGUUUGUCGCUUUGUUUACCAUGCAAGGACAAAUCACUCUUGAACUUUCAUUUACUUAGGCUUGGUGGACCAUUCAUCAAUUAAUUCUUCAGAGGAGACUUGAUUCUACAAAAAAUCUUCACAGGAGACUUGUUAUAUAAGUCUAGCUUUUUCUCCACUUUCACCGCCAAAACAAAAACAAAAACAAAACAAAAAACAAAGAAAAAAAAGAUAAAAGAAAACCAAAGAAGAAAAAAAAACACGAUGCAUUCUUGUUGUGCGAGAAAGAUAAUAGUAUGGAGCUUGUGUUUAAUAUUUUCUCUUUCUCACUCAAUACUUGUUCGCGGUUCUUCACCUCCUAAGCACUUGUGCCGUCAAGACCAGAGGGAUGCUCUUUGGGAGUUCAAGAGCGAGUUCCAUCUCAGUGGGAUGGCCGCUAACGAGAAGACACAGACGUGGAGAAACAACAGUGAUUGCUGUUCUUGGGAUGGUAUCACUUGUGAUCCUAAGACGGGCAAUGUCCUUGACUUAAAUCUCUGGAGCAGUUCUCUCAAUGGCCCUUUAAGAUCUAGUAGUGGUCUGUUUAAACUACAAUAUCUUCAGAGCCUUAAUCUUGGCUCCAAUAAUCUUGCCGGCAUUCUACCAGAUUCCAUCGGCAACCUCAAAUAUCUGAGGGUUUUGGGACUUUCUGGAUGCAAUUUAUUUGGAAAGCUUCCUGCUUCGCUCGGAAAUCUUUCUGAUCUCACUGUUCUUGAUCUUGAUGGUAAUGGUUUCACCGGUGAACUACCAGUUUCGAUCGGCAACUUAAAACAACUAACAAAGUUGCUAAUUGCAUCGAGCAAGCUCAGUGGGAACUUUCAUCAAGCGCUACUCAAUUUAACCGAGCUCACUGCGAUCAACCUUGUUUUCAACCAGCUUGAAGGUACACUCCCAUCGGACAUGAGUAGGCUCUCCAAACUAGAGUACUUUGAUAUUGGUUCAAAUUUAUUUUCUGGAUCUAUUCCAUCGUCUCUUUUCAUGAUCCCUUCGUUGAUCCAUCUUAAACUGGAAAGGAAUCACUUUAACAGUCUCCUUGAGAUUGGGAAUAUCUCUUCACCAUCAAAACUUCAAACUUUAAGCCUUGGAGGAAACAGGCUCAGUGGGCCAAUCCCGGGAUUUAUAUCAAAACUAGUCGAGCUCUCCUCUCUCGACCUCUCCUUUUGGGACACUUUGAGGGGCGAUGUCGAUUUCAGCAUCUUCUUGCAUCUCAAGUCACUUAUGUCCCUUGACAUCUCCACUCUUAAUACAAGAAGUAUUGUCGACAUGAGUCUCUUCUCGCAUUUCGAGUCACUUAGCAUACUAAGUCUUUCACGAAAUACUGUGAAGUUCAGUUCAACUCUCCAUCUGGUCUCACCCAUUGGAUCAUUGGCUGUAGCAUCCUGCAAUAUUUCCGAGUUUCCCAAGUUUCUACGAACGCAAACCAGCUUGUUCAACUUAGAUAUUUCUCAGAAUCAAAUAAAAGGGCAAGUACCAGAGUGGUUAUGGAGUCUCCCAGGAUUAGAGUAUGUAGACUUUUCUCUGAAUUCAUUUACUGGUUUUGAUGGACCAGCGGAUGUUUUUCAAAGAAAUGAAAUAUCUAUGCUGGAUAUAAGUUCAAACUCUUUCCAGGAUCCAUUUCCUUUGUUACCAAAAUCUAUGACGUUUCUUUCAGCCUCCGAUAAUCAGUUUUCAGGAGAGAUUCCGACAACAAUCUGCGAACUGGUUUCUCUUGAUGUACUUGUUUUAUCGAACAACAACUUCAGCGGUUCUAUACCUCGGUGUUUUGAGAAUUUCAAUACUAAGCUUUCGAUCUUGCAUCUUCGAAAUAACAGCCUCUCUGGAAAAUUUCCGGAGGAAUCUGUCAGCGUUGCCUUGAUUUCACUUGAUGUUGGUCGCAACCAGUUAUCAGGAGAGCUUCCCAAGUCUCUGAUUAAUUGCACUCAUCUUGAGUUUCUCAACGUUGAAGACAACAAGUUCAACGACACGUUUCCUUUCUGGUUGAGAUUAUUGCCUGGUUUGCAAAUUCUUGUCCUUCGUUCAAACAAGUUCCAUGGGUCACUAUAUUCUCCAAGGAGUUCUCCGAGUUUCUCCAAACUGCGAAUCAUUGAUAUUUCUAAGAAUCUCUUCACUGGAGCCUUGCCAUUGGAUUACUUUGCUGGUUGGAGUGAAAUGUCAUCUGGUGUAUACACGCCAGAUAACAAGCAGAAAAGGUUUAUAGGAAUAACUUUUUUAAACUAUCGUAAGUCGGUGGUUCUGGCUACCAAAGGUUCGGAGAGGGAGUUUCUUGGUAGUAUUUUCAGCAUCUACAAAAUCAUCGAUGUCUCAGGAAAUAGAUUUGAAGGAGAUAUCCCAAAAUCUAUUUGUUUACUCAAGGAGCUGAAUGUGCUCAACAUGUCAAACAACGCGUUCAUAGGCAGUAUACCACCAUCUUUUUCGAACCUGACCAAUCUCCAAUCACUAGAUCUAUCUAAAAACAGAUUAUCAGGCAAAAUUCCAACGGCGCUCGGGAAACUAACGUUUCUGGCGUGGAUGAACUUCUCUUACAACAACCUCGAAGGUCCAAUACCACAAGGCACUCAAAUUCAAACCCAGGAUAGUUCUUCAUUCCUACAGAAUCCCGGGCUAUGCGGUGCUCCUCUUCAUAAGAUCUGCAGUGGAGAAGAACAAGGCACAUUAAACCAAGAUAAAGAAGAUGAAGAAGAAGAACAAGUAUUAAGCUGGAUUGCAGUUGCAAUAGCCUAUGUACCUGGUGUAUUCUGUGGAUUCACUGUCGGCCAUAUUCUGACUUCAUACAGACAUGACUGGUUCAAAAGGAUCUUUCACUAUUUUUCUUAACAUAAGCAUCCGUUUCCUAAAGAUGUCUACUAUAUUAUAAUAAUCAUCUCUAUGUCGUUUUAAAUUACCAUUGUAAUGGCGUGAAAAGUUCUCUUCUCUUGUAUUUUUUUUUUUUUUUUUUUAAUCAUCUCUUGUAUUGUUUUGCCACUCUUAUUCUGAUAAUCUGUGUGUUUUGGUGUAGUUAAUUUCCUCUUUCCCUUUAUAUUUUUUUGUGUCUGAAAUCUUGUCGCAGGAACACCUAAUAGAACACGCCAAUUGUAAUGCUAUGCAUCUCCAUUCUUGUUGCGACCCAACUCUGUGUUCAAGAACGUCAAUCACUGAGCUACCCUCACUUUCCACACCUACAUAUGUAACUGAUGAUCC